GUGCGUGCUACUACGACCCCAACCAGUCCAUGUACGUGUUCGGGGGCUGCACCCAGAGCAGCUGCAACGCCGCCUUCAACGACCUCUGGAGACUCGACCUCAACAGCAAGGAGUGGAUCCGGCCCCUGGCAUCAGGUUCCUACCCCUCCCCCAAGGCUGGGGCCACCCUGGUGGUCUACAAGGACCUGCUGGUGCUUUUUGGGGGGUGGACACGGCCCAGCCCGUACCCCCUGCACCAGCCCGAGAGGUUCUUCGAUGAGAUCCACACCUACUCACCCUCCAAAAACUGGUGGAAUUGCAUCAUGACCACCCACGGCCCCCCUCCCAUGGCAGGACAUUCCUCCUGUGUCAUCGAGGACAAGAUGAUUGUUUUUGGGGGAUCUCUUGGAUCUCGGCAGAUGAGCAACGACGUGUGGGUGCUGGAUCUGGAGCAGUGGGCCUGGUCCAAGCCCAGCAUCUCGGGGCCCAGCCCUCACCCACGGGGGGGCCAGUCCCAGAUCGUCCUGGACAACGAAACCAUCCUCAUCCUGGGGGGCUGCGGGGGCCCCAACGCU